AAUAUAUGAAAAUAUUUAUAUAUUCGAAAAAUAUGAGAAAUUUUAUCUAAACUCUGAUCCAAGGAUAUGAAAAAUAUUCAAAAUUUUAUCUGAUUAUCCAAAUUAUAUUUUUAAAAAUCUCAAUUUUUAUCCGAAACCCAAAACCAUACCCAAAAACUAAAAUUUGAAACUUAAAAAUAUCCAUAAUACCAAAAAUAAACUGAAACACCUAUAUAUACUAGAAAUUUUGGAUUUUCGGAUACUCCACUCGAGUCUCGGGUUCGGGUCGGGUCUAAGACCCGCGGGUUCUUCACAAUAAAAUCCAAUAGGAUAAAAAGAUCAGAUCGGUUUCGAAUCGGAUUAAGAUUUUUCGGGUCAGAUCUUCAUGUCCGGAUAAAAUACUCAUGUCUAUCUCUCGAAGUAAGCAGAAUAAAUAAGCAUGUGCAUGUAUAUGCGCAUAAUAUAGUUAUCAACUAAAAUAUAAAUAAAAACACAUUUACAACUAUAAAUGAAACCCCAAGUCCACCUUCUCUUCAAUAUCUCACAACACAUUAAUUUGGUCGUGGAUAUGUUUAUAAAGCCUUGAAAACCAUUAUUAAGGUAGAUGAAAUUUGCGCGUGGCUUAAUAUUUAAAAGUUUCAUUGUUUUAUUUUCAUUUUAGUUUAUUACUAGUAUACUAUGCACCAAAUACGUGCACAUAGUACAGAAAUGAAACUAAAAUAAUGAAACUCCCCUCCCCGGGAAAAAAAUCCAUCCUCAUUUCACGCGUCAACUCGUCAACUUAAGCAAUUAGAUAAGUUUGUGCGUGUACAUGCGCAUAAUAUAGUAAUCAAGUUUAUGAAAACAAAAUUAUGGAAUACAUUUCGGUUUUCGAAUACAACUAUAAAAUCUAAUUCCACUCUCUCUUAAAUUUCUCACAACACAUUUUCUCCCCUCUCUCUCCUUCCAAAUCUAUAUAUUCUCUCUCUAAAUUCACGUUUACAAGAAAAGAGGGAAACAAAGGAAGAAAUAAGAAUUCUCUCUCUAUCUCUCUAGCGCUAAUUAAGUUACCAAACACACUCACACAUCAAAGAGAAAAAUGGCACAACUCAUGAAGCUACUCGUGACAAUUGCACUAACAUUCGCAAUUACAACCGCCAUCAUCACCACAAGAACUACCAGAACCAACCCCAAGACCGAAACUUUUGCUGUCAAAGACCCUUUCAAGGACCUUAGAUCCCCAGGAACGGUUAAGAUCAAACCGGGUAGGUUCUUGGCCCAAAAAGACGAAGGGGGUCAAGGACCUAAAGCCCGUAACCCAAGUGCAACUGACCGUUGCAACAAAGAUUCAGAGAUCUGCCGUAGCACCGAAGCAAACCCUAGAAUGGCUUGUUGCAACAACAAGUGUAUGGAUUUAUUAACCGACAAGAAAAACUGUGGUGCGUGUAAUAAAAAAUGCAAGUACACGGAAACAUGUUGUGGCGGUCAGUGCGCUAACUUGAAUUACAAUAAACGCCAUUGCGGUGAGUGUUACCAUCGUUGUCUACCAGGCGGGUACUGUAUCUACGGUCUUUGUAACUACGCGUGAUGACGCAAUCAUUCAUUCACGUCAUGCCAACGCUUCACAUCAUGGAUAUAUAACAAAAAAGAUCAUUUUUACUUUGUUGUCUAAGAAUAAAAUGGAACUUCCUCGUUUUGAGUAUCGCUGCUGUUUUCAAUAAGUUUAAUUGUUUAAGAGCGUCUAGUGUACCCUACCAGAUAAUAUCAUGAAUAAUGUUUUUGUAAGUAUAAAUACUUAAAUUUAAAUAAUAAAGUAUCUUUUCUCUUAAGCCAUCUCGAGACCUUACAGAUAAUAUACAUCGCAGUUAUAUGAUUUGUAAAAAUAAUAGGCGACAAAAAUAUAAGAAAAAUACUUAUAACAGUAUAUGUAUCUUAAUAUUUAGAGCUCGCCAUGUUACUCAGAAGACAUGGUUUCACCAAGGGCUUUCUAAAUUAUCAUUAGCAUCAAUAAAGCUUAAUGGGGUUUUUGCAACUUUGUUCAAAUUAAAUUUUUUUAUCUCUGAACGGUAAAAAAGUUACGCAAGUAACAAAAUACAAUCAAAUGGAAACAAAAGAAACCCAGUACUAUGGAUUGUGAAUUAAUGUACCUAGUUAACGCCCAAAGUUGGAUCUUAAGCAAUUGUACUCACUUGUGCUGCUAAUAGCUUAAACCCCCUGGCCUAACGCGAAGCUCAAAGAUUCUCCUAGCUUUGUUCGCCGUUGUGAGUAUUCCUUCACGAUCUCUUUCACCGGACUGCUCGCCUCUGUUUCCUCCAGGUCUCUCUCUCUCUCUGGCCUCUUUUAUACCUCAUUCACGUUAUGCAACUCUCUUUGAGGUGAGGUGAUUGAUCUAGUUAGAUUUUAAUUCCUGAUUCUUUUUUUUUUUAAGAUUCCUAGUUGCAAAGGAGGUAAAGAAGGGUGAGUGGUUUUAGAGCUUUCAAAUCUCAAGUGCCUAUUGAAUGGAGCCAGAGCUUGUACAUAACCCUUAGUGAGAGGUCUGCCUGGAACCAGGAAGCUUCACAGGACACAGGCGAACACUUGAGGCUAUGGGACUUCGAAGGUGCCACUUGUUGUCAGUCGUUCAAGCCCUCAACAGGCUCAUCCAACAUUUCUUGAUCAUUUCAGAAGAUGGUAAAGCACUUCAACCAUGUCACUUUGUUUAAGAACGAUUUGCACUUGUAGUCAUAAGUAGUCAACACGCAAUAAGAAAUGACUUUGGUGCCUCUUAUGCAGUUGUGUGCA